UACAUAUACAUAUACAUAUUUCUCCCCUAGGGUUAUGGUGGCUAUAUUGCAUCAAUGAUCUUAAAAUCAGAUGAAAAGCUUUUUAAAUGUGGAUCAGUGGUUGCACCUAUCACAGACUUGAAAUUGUAUGCCUCAGCUUUCUCUGAAAGAUACCUUGGGAUGCCAUCCAAGGAAGAAAGCACUUACCAGGCAGCCAGUGUGCUACAUAAUAUUCAUGGCUUGAAAGAAGAAAAUAUAUUAAUAAUUCAUGGAACCCCUGACACAAAAGUUCAUUUCCAACACUCAGCAGAAUUAAUCAAGCACCUAAUAAAAGCUGGAGUGAAUUAUACUAUGCAGGUCUACCCAGAGGAAGGUCAUAAUGUACCUGAGAAAAGCAAGUAUCAUCUCUACAGCACAAUCCUCAAAUUCUUCAGUGAUUGCUUGAAGGAAGAAAUAUCUGUGUUACCACAGGAGCCAGAAGAAGAUGAAUAAUGGACCAUAUUUAUACAGAACUGAAGGGAAUAUUGAGGCUCAAUGAAACCUGACAAAGAGACUGUAAUAUUGUAGUUGCUCCAGAAUGUCAAGGGCAGCUUAUGGAGAUGACACUGGAGCAGCACGCUCAGAGACAGUGAACUAGCAUUUGAAUACAGAAGUCCAAGUCUACUGUGUUGCCAGGGGUGCAGAACCCAUUUCUUUGUAUAAGAGAGGUCAAAGGGUUGGUUUCUUGGGAGAAAUUAGGUUUGCAUUAAAGUAGUAGUGCAGAUUUUCUUCUGUUAUCCCCUCUUUGCUCUGUAACUAGUUGCUCUCAUUUUAAUUUCACUGGCCACCACUAUCUUUGCAUUAUAAUGCACAAUUUAUCAUCUGUCCUACAGUCCCUGAUCUUUCAUGGCUGAGCUGCAAUCUAACACUUUACUGUACCUUUAUAAUAAGUGCAAUUCUUUCAUUGUCUAUUAUUAUGCUUAAGAAAAUAUUCAGUUAAUAAAAAAGAGUAUUUUAUGUAAUUUCUGUUUUUAAAAAGACAUUAUUAAAUGGGUCAAAGGACAUGUAGAAAUGUGGAUUUCAGCACCUUCCAAAGUUCAGCCAGUUAUCGGUAGAUACAAUAUCUUUAAAUGAACACACGAGUGUAUGUCUUACAGUAUAUAUACACACGUGUGCAUAUACAGUUAAUGAAACUAUCUUUAAAUGUUAUUCAUGCUGUAAAGGGUAAACUUUUGAUGAAUUAGAAGAGAUGCUCUUUUCCAAGCUAUAAUGGAUGCUUUGUUUAAUGAGCCAAAUAUGAUGAAACAUUUUUUUCCAAUUCAAAUUCUCGCUAUUGCUUUCCUAUAAAUGUUUGGGUUGUGUUUGGUAUUGUUUUUAGUGGUUAAUAGUUUUCUAGUUGCAUUUAAAUUUUUGAAUAUGAUACCUUGUCACAUGUAAAUUAGAUACUUAAAUAUUAAAUUAUAGUUUCUGAUAAAGAAAUUUGGUUAACAAUUCAAUGCCACUGAGUGCUCUUUUGCUCUUUAGGUGGAGAAGGCUUUUUUCAAAACUCUUGGUCCUUUUACUUCUAUCUCUCAGUGCAGAAUCAAUUCUCAUUUUCAUUGUAAAAGCAAAUAGCUGGAUUAUUUCAUUUGCCAGUUUCUAUUUAGUAUUCUAUGCCUGCCCAAUUCAUCUGUUACUGUUUAAUUUCAAUCCUUCUAGUGAGAAUUAGAAAUGAAAUAUUUUUUAUUUAUUGGCCAAAAAGUUCACAAACAGCAGUGUUUGCUAUUUCCUUUGAAUUGAAGGCACAAAAUGCAUCAAUUCCUGUGCUGUGUUGACUUGCAGUAGUAAGUAACUGAGAGCAUAAAAUAAACCUGACUGUAUGAAGUCAAUUUAAGUGAUGAGAACAUUAACUUUGGUAACUAAAAUCAGAGUAUCUUCUCAUUUCACUUAAGGGAUCUUCCAGAAGAUAUCUAAAAGUCUGUAAUAAGCUUAGAAGUUCAGAUAAAUCUAGGCAGGAUACUGCAUUUUGUGGUUUUAAAAAAGUCCUUAGGACAGACUGAGUUAUCCUAACUUAUGGCAUCAGGAGAAAACAUUAAAAUAUCAAGGAAUCAUCAGUCACCCUCCUGUCUUGUUAAAGGAUCAACCCCAAAUUCUGGGGAUUUGAGUACAUGUGAAUCAUGGAUUGGGAAUUCAAUUUUUUCCCUGGAUGCUUUGGAAUUGUGUCUUCCAUGCUCCACUGGGUUCAAUUUAAAAUAGGAAACACUUUCUCUUCUUAAAGACCCGUUUUAGGUCUUUUUCAAGAAUAGUGAACACAUUUUUUAACAAAAUAAGUUGUAAUUUUAAAAGGAAAGUUUUGCCUAUUUUAUUAAGAUGGAAAUUUCUUUUUAGGCUAAUUUGAAAUGCAACUGAAGCUUUUUAAUCAAUAUUUUAAAUUGGAACCACUAGAGUUUUUUAUGAUGCAAAUGAUUAUGUUGUCUGAAAGAUGUGGUUUUAUUGAAUGUCUAUUUGAGUAUCAUUUAAAAAGUAUUUGCCUUUUACUGUCA